AUGGCACAGCUAGCACCCAUCAACCCACCUAUCGGAUGCACGCCGUUCAUCAACCCGCAUCAGACUGUCAGGCUCAUCCUGAAGGAGAAGGUCUGGUCUCUCACGGGCGACGCCUUCGACAUCAAGAUCGACCCGCAGAACGGGCAGGAGCCGUACCCCAUAUUCAAGGUCGACCCGAGCGCGAUCACGAGCCGGAAGUCCUUCUACGAUAUGAAGGGCACCCACCUCUUCGACUUGAAGAAGGAACACUUCCACCUCGUACACACAUACUAUAAGGCGGUGAACCCGAACGGGGACAAGUUCUUUGAGGUGAAGAGCGGCUUCGCGCUUGUCGGCUCCAAGGCCACAGCCACAUUCACAUCGGCUAACGGAACGCCCGAGACGCUCUCGAUGAAGGGCAACUGGCGCGACUCGUCGGCCGAGAUCAUGGACGAGACGCGCGGAGUGCCGGUCGCUGUGAUCCAGCGCAAGUCCGCGUUCAAGAGUCUUAGCACGUUCUUGUUCGACCAGCAGACGUACGGGGUCAGCGUCGCGCCAGGCGUGGACUUCGCGCUCAUGGCGGCGAUGUGCAUCUGCUUCGAUGAGAUGAACAACGAGGCUGAGGGAUGA